GAAAAGUGUUAUCAAAACUGUGAAACAAAUCCACAUGUACGACGGCGCCAAUUUGAUUGGAUAAGGUUACGUGCAUCUUGUUCCUCCUCAAAACACAGAGGGAAAGGGGAAAGAGAAGAACUCAAACUAUGGCAACACUUCAAGCUUCUCUUCUCUCUAAACCUCUUCUCUUCCCAUUCCUCAUUCCUAAUCCUUACCACUCUACUCUUCUUAAACCUCAUCACUUUAAUCCCACGCGCCUCCACCCGCGCGUUCCCUUCACUCCCCUUCUCUGCACUUUUCAACCCGAUACUACACUUCCCCACUCCGAACCUAAUCCCGAACCUAUCUCCGAUUCUCCUAAUCCCGAGUCUGUUACGAUUCUCGAUUCAAAUUCUUCGAAUGAAUCGAAUUCGAGAUUUGAAAGUGUUGAUGAAGAGAAGGUGGAGAGUGUGGAGAAGAAGGAUGGGAGAUUACCGAUAGUGGUGUUUUUGAUUGGACUAUGGGUGAGAGCGAAAGAAGGAUUGAAGAGGGCGUUUUCGAAAUUGGUUGAUUGGUGGCCAUUUUGGAGGCAGGAGAAACGGUUGGCCAAGUUGAUUACCGAGGCUGAUGCGAAUCGGUUGGAUGCUGCUAAGCAGACUGCGCUUUUUGUUGAGCUUAAUAAGCACAGUCCUGAGUCUGUGAUAAAGAGGUUUGAAGAAAGGGACAGAGCUGUGGACAGUAGAGGAGUGGCAGAAUAUCUUCGAGCACUAGUGGUCACUAAUGCUAUUGCAGAAUAUCUUCCUGAUGAGGAAUCUGGAAAACCUUCUGGAAUUCCUACCUUGUUGCAAGAGUUGAAACAGCGGGCAUCAGGGAACAUAGAUGAGACUUUUCUCAACCCUGGAAUAUCUGAGAAGCAGCCGUUGCAUGUGGUUAUGGUUGAUCAGAAAGUAUCAAACAAAUCACGUUUCACACAAGAGCUUAUCUCAACUAUUUUGUUUACUGUAGCUGUUGGAUUGGUCUGGUUUAUGGGUGCUGCUGCACUUCAAAAAUACAUUGGAAGCUUGGGUGGGUUUGGUUCUUCAGGUGUUGGUUCAAGCUCAUCUUAUACGCCAAAGGAGCUAAACAAGGAAGUAAUGCCAGAAAAGAAUGUAAAAACUUUUAAGGAUGUGAAAGGUUGUGAUGAUGCAAAGCAAGAACUUGAGGAAGUUGUGGAGUACCUAAAAAAUCCAGCUAAAUUUACUCGCCUUGGAGGAAAGUUGCCAAAGGGGAUUCUUCUGACAGGGGCACCUGGAACUGGAAAAACUCUGCUAGCCAAGGCUAUUGCUGGAGAAGCCGGUGUUCCAUUUUUCUAUCGUGCUGGUUCGGAAUUUGAGGAGAUGUUUGUUGGAGUUGGUGCUCGUCGUGUAAGAUCGUUAUUUCAAGCAGCCAAAAAGAAGGCUCCUUGCAUUAUUUUCAUUGAUGAAAUUGAUGCUGUUGGAUCAACUAGGAAACAGUGGGAGGGCCACACCAAGAAGACAUUACACCAACUUCUUGUUGAAAUGGAUGGGUUUGAGCAGAAUGAGGGAAUAAUAUUAAUGGCUGCAACAAACUUGCCUGAUAUUCUUGAUCCAGCUCUAACGAGGCCUGGUAGAUUUGAUCGACAUAUUGUUGUACCAAAUCCAGAUGUACGUGGUCGGCAAGAAAUAUUGGAACUCUACCUGCAUGAUAAACCUACAGCCGAUAAUGUAGAUAUUAAAGCAAUAGCCCGUGGUACCCCAGGAUUCAAUGGGGCAGAUCUGGCAAACCUGGUGAACAUUGCUGCUAUUAAAGCUGCGGUUGAAGGUGCAGAGAAAUUAACAGCUUCUCAGUUGGAGUUUGCAAAAGACAGAAUAAUCAUGGGUACAGAGCGAAAAACAAUGUUUGUAUCGGAGGAGUCAAAAAAGCUUACUGCUUAUCAUGAGAGCGGCCAUGCAAUUGUUGCCCUUAAUACCGACGGUGCACAUCCAAUUCACAAGGCAACAAUCAUGCCCCGUGGAUCUGCUUUAGGAAUGGUUACUCAGCUUCCCUCAAGUGAUGAAACAUCAAUAAGUAAGAAGCAGUUGUUAGCUCGUCUUGAUGUUUGUAUGGGAGGACGAGUUGCAGAAGAACUUAUCUUUGGUCGGGAUAAUGUCACAACUGGAGCUAGUAGUGAUCUUCAAUCAGCUACCGAGCUUGCGCAAUACAUGGUAUCAAGUUGUGGGAUGAGUGAUACAAUCGGACCAAUUCAUAUAAAGGAGAGACCAAGUUCUGAAAUGCAGUCACGUAUUGAUGCAGAGGUUGUUAAACUCCUUAGAGAUGCAUAUGAUCGUGUGAAAGCUCUUCUGAAAAAGCACGAGAAGGCAUUACAUACGCUGGCAAAUGCAUUAUUAGAGUCUGAGACACUUAGUGCAGAAGAAAUCAGACGAUUACUUCUCCCGUAUCGGGAAGGAAAACUUCCAGAACAACAGGAACAAGAAGAAGCAGAAGGGGAUCUUGUAUUGGCGUAAUAUUUCUCUCUACUUCAUGUCUAUUAUUGUACUAAUUAUAGGGGAAGCUCUGUACAGUAUAAAUUCCUACAGGUAGUUUUUUUUAAUCUAUUCUGCAGCUUCCCUCCUUAGCCCAUGCAAUUCUUGUCAUAAGAUGAUUAUAGGAAGUAAUUAUACACCUUUGAAUAUCUGUGUAGCAAGUAUUCCUGCUAACGAUAACAAAGGUCCACUGUUAGAAUACUACAGCACUUGCUGAGGGCAAUAUUUUUUUGGAGAGAACUGUGUAAUUUUUAGACAGAUAUUUUAUUGGACAA